AUGAAGUUUGGUAUCCCAGACUCGGACUCUGAUUCCGACGACAACUUUGUCGGCGUUGUCCAAGAUGACGUUAGUUACUUGUCUGACGAGAGUGAUGAUCUUCCCAUGCCAGACCUCACCCGGCAACCACUGUCCAAACUCGGCAUCGCGAUCCGCAACACUCUGGUGUUUAGCGAUAGCGAAGACGACACCAACUCUGAAGAUGAGGUUGGUGAUCUCCUCGACGGCAUGUCUACCACCUCGAAAACAAGUUACCGUAAUCCCAAGAAGGAGAAGCGCUCUGCUCCUCCACCAGCACCGCGGCGCGCCCCAUCCGGCGCGCGUAAACCCAACCACAAAGUCCCCGUCGCUGGUCCAAGUUGGCGCCCCUGGGAGCCGACUGUGGCUGACCUUCUCCGGGAUAACGGCCCCAGCGAGUACACCAAGUGGAUACGUGCGACCGAGGCCGACGCGUGGAAGCACGGCCACCGCAAGGCUGCAGAACGCCAGGCUGAGCUGGACCAAAUCAGGUCGAACAUCCGCAAGGAGCAUGACCGAAAGCAAAAGAUCCAGGGCGAUCGUGAUGCUGAUGAACUGCUGGCCAUGAUGGAAGGGCUUGCUGUCCGCGCCGAGGCCGAGGAGAAGGAACGCACCCGCCGCUUCCAAGAACGACAGGCGCAGCUUUGGGCGGACAUUGACGCGGCGAUCAAGGAGUCUGAGCGUCGCCAUGGGGAGGAGCUGGCUGCGCGUGCGACUGCUGAACGCAAGCGCAAGGAGGACGACGAGGCGCGGGCUGUGGCCGCGGAGAAAGAGGCGCUCGCGAGGAAGGCAGAGGCGGAGCGCGUAGCCAAGGAGAAGGCAGAGAAGGAGGCGGCAGACCGCGCAGAAGCGGAGCAGAAGCAGAAGGAGGCACAGGCCGCGCAGGCGGCAGCUCAGCGCCAGGAGGACGAGAGGAGGGCUGCGGCUGACACCUCCUUGCAUGGGCGCCGUGAGUGGGCCAAGUGGGUCGACGUGCAGAAGCGCAUGAAGGCGGAGGUCAUUAAUCCCCUCAAAGCCAACAAAGAGAUGCGUGAUACGCUGCUUCCCACUAUGCGCUUAAUCAAGCGCUGGAUUGGGCAAGUCGUCAACACGCAGGAGAAGAUUCUCGCCGUUACCAACGACCUCUGCGCCAAGUUCAACGAACAGCUCUCCUCCCCACCAAGUGCCGCCAACCCAAUAAAGCUCACCGAGCAACUGCACCUUCCGUACUACUACUUGCUGUCGCACACUGCCAAGGCACUCAUCCGGCAGGCUGUGCGGGAAGUCGAGGCCAAGCCCGAGGCCGCCUUCCCUCUUGCCCGUAUAAUCAUGGGCGUCAUGCUUCGUGGACACCCCGCGUUUGGCAGCGUGGUGUACGCUCGCCUGGUCAAGAAGUGUCCCUUCGUUGUGCCGUACUGGCCAGUUCGGGUUGAGGGCCAGUCGCGGGAGGAAUACGAGCAGUCGACCGGCCAGCUUGUCGACGAGAGUCACUCCGAGUACAUCCGGCGCAUGAUCGGCAUCGUGCGCAUGUACCUUGCAGUUCUGGCGCUCCCGUUGGGGAGUCUCGCACACACGCUUCCCGCGCAACCGACGCCGAAACAGCUCCUCGAGCUCGUCCCGGAAGAGUGGCGCCUUCCGGCCGCAUGGACUUGGGUCGCGACCGCACUCAAGGCCAAUCUCGCUAAGCACCCCGCUGUCGGACCGCUCCUCCUUGCGCACCUCGAGACAGUCGGCCCUGCCCUCGUCAAGACGUACGGUGCACAGCAAAUGAAUAAAAUCCUCGUGGCCGAGAGGGCAGGUGUUGAGAGCGGCGCGAUCCGCUGCGACACGGCAGCAACGCGCGCAACAAUCAAGUCAUUUAUCGAUACAUGGGAGCAGACGCACCAGCUCCCGGCGCCCAAGGGCAUCAACUGGUAG